AUGCUUGAAGAAAAUAUCGAUUCAUCGUUGUAUGACUACCCUUUUCAACAAAUUCUUACUGCAAAAUUUAAUCAAGAUCCAGUUGAGCGGUUCUUUGGCAUUGUACGGGCAAUUGACGGCCACCCAACAUGCACUCCUUGGCUGCAUCUCUUUCGGAUACUUUCGCUGUAUAAUUCGUCUACAAUGGACGUAAAUGGGGAAAAUGUCGAUAACGAAGAAAAAUACUGUUUGUUAGUGGAAUAUAAAGAUUGCCUCUUGAAAAGAUUCAAAAAAGAUAAUGCAGCUGCCAAAAACUUAAGAGAGUCCCUUAAAGAUUCAUUGCUGGAGGAACUGAGAAUGCUUUUUGUAGAAGAUAUUGAAUAUGAACCUGCAGAAAUAGGAGUAAAUGAGGAGAAUUCUAACCCAGAAGUCAACGAAAUACUGUCAGACGAAAUAGUGGAAAGUAUCCAUAAUGAUGCGUACGUAGCAGAAGAUGAAGAAGUUAACUUUGUUGAGAAGAAUCUGGAUACUAUGGUUUUUGGAGACGUGGUGUGUUUAAAUAUUCCGGUUGACGAUCAUUUUUCUCAACUGGCAUCGCGUGUCAAACUUGGAGAAAAGCUCAGUGAAUCACAACAAGAGAGAAUGCUCAGCGUGCUCAAGCGUCGGAAUCGAUGUUUUCCUACCUCGAACAGGGCAAUUGGACAUACCAAAGAGGCAAUGCAUUUCAUCAACACGGGAGAUGCCAGUCCGAUCAGGUGUAACCCUUAUCGAGUCUCUGCGUUUGAAAGACGCAUCAUUGCUGACAAAGUGGAAGAAAUGCUGGAGGACGGAAUCAUAAAGGAGUCGCACAGCCCUUGGAGCUCACCAGUAGUCCUGAUUAAGAAAGCUAAAAUGGGUGACUAUCGGUUUUGCGUUGAUUUUCGUCGUUUAAAUGCGGUAACCAAACGUGAUGUGUAUCCUUUGCCAAGAAUAGACGAUGUUCUAGAUCGUCUAGCAGGAGCUAAUUUUUUUUCUUGUUUAGAUUUAGCCAGCGGGUAUUGGCAGGUGCCAGUUGCUCCAGAGGACCAAGAAAAAACGGCGUUCAUCACUCCAGAUGGACUGUAUUCCUUCGUUCGUCUCCCUUUCGGUCUCAAUUGUGCCCCAGCAACUUUUCAACGCCUUAUGGAUAAAGUGUUAGCAGGAUUAAAAUGGAACAUGUGCUUAGUUUACCUCGAUGAUAUUUUAAUAUUUGGUAAGACGUUUGAUGAACAUUUAGCUCGUCUUGACAUGGUGUUGAAAGCCCUAGAGCGUGCAAACCUUACCCUUAAUGUAGAUAAAUGUUCGGGCACUAACAGAGAUGCCAGUCAAAAAUUUGAAGUCUUUGCUAGCAUUCCUGGGCCUCGCAUCAUUCUAUCGACGCUUUAUUCUAGACUUCGCCACAAUUGCACAACCCCUACACUCGUUAUUGAAGAAGAAUGCUGUGUGGAAUUGGCUGAUAAACAAGAAGCGGCAAAGAAAGAAAUCAUCAGCAGAAUGACGUCAGCACCAGUACUGGCUCACUUUGAUGAAGCGUUAAAGGUGACUGUGCAAACGGACGCAAGUCAAAUAGGGCUUGGCGCAGUCCUUUCGCAAGAUUCAGGCAAUGGACAGCGGCCCGUCGCCUUUAUUAGUAGGAAAUUGACGGAUACGGAAACUAGGUAUCACGCCAACGAGCUGGAGUGCCUCGCAGUAGUAUGGGCUCUGAAGAAGUUGAGAUCUUACGUCUACGGUAGACACUUUACAAUUAAGACAGAUAGUUCGGCGGUAAAGUGGAUGAUGAGUAAAAAGGAGGUAAAAGUCGGCAAACUUCAACCUAUCGAGCCUCCAUCAUCUCCUUUCCAGCUAAUUGGCGUCGACCAUCUUGGACCCUUCAAAGAAACGCCGACUGGCCAUCGUCACGUCAUAGUUUGCAUCGAUUACUUAACCAAAUGGGUUGAAAUGGCGCCUGUUCCGGACACAUCAACCAAAUUUGUGACAAUCUUCUUAGAAUCGAACAUACUAUACCGGCACGGAACUCCACAAAGGAUAAUUACCGAUCAGGGAUCAUGUUUUACAUCUGAACUAUUUGAUGAAUGGAUAAGAAAGUGGGGAAUUCAGCAUAUUCAAGCAACAGCCGAACAUCCAGAAACAAACGGCCUGGUGGAACGCGUUAACCGGACUUCAACACUUGCGCUUUGUGCCUUCAUCAACGCACAGCACAAUGACUGGGACAAACACCUGGCGGCAGCAGCUUACGCAAUCAACACUGCGCGUCAAUCAACUACCGAGAUCACACCUUUCGAGCUGGUGAACGGUCGCCAACCAGUCUUGCCCGUCGAACGUCUUUUUCCAUGGCCAGCUGAAGAGCAAGAGAGCCACGUUGAUUUUCUAUCGCGGGUUCAUAAAUUAAGAGAAGCAGCACGACUGAGAAUUUUAAAGAAACAACGAGCCGUGAAGGAACGAGUCGACAAACGCAGGAGAGUUCAGUUCGAACUUCUCCCCGGUGACCUAGUCCUCGUCCGUCGCCGGCCACAGUUGACGACGAGUGGGAUGAAGACGAGCAAGGAAUAG